AUGGCUGCUCUUCUUAUCCCAAUUCUCCAACCAUUCUUCUCUUCGAUCUCUGAACACUCUCAAACACCAGUCUCCACUCUAACCUCCUCCGACCAUCCUCCACGCACUGCUCUCUCACGUCGUGACGCCCUCUCACUCUCCUCCGCCUCUCUCCUCCUCUUCUCAACCGAUCCCGCAUUUGCCUUUGGAAUCUCAGGACCAAAGGAAUGGUUGAAAGAUCAGAAGAAGAAGUCUUCGAAGUUCUUGUUAGCUCCCAUUGAUGCUUCUCGUCAAAGCCUUCGCUCUGUUUACCUUUCUCUCUCAACUAGAGAAUCUGAUUAUACGGACAAAGAUUUGGAAAGCCUCCAGAACCUGUUAAGGUCUUCUGCAAGAGAUUGUGUUCCUAAAGAGAGAAGCUCUCUUGUCGAUUUUCAGUCUAAAACCGGAGUUGAGGUUUGUACAUUCAAGCUUGUUUUGAAGAAUGCUGCUUCAUUACUAGAUGAUAAGGACCCAGUCAUACUAGAAGCAGAGAAUGUUCUAAGUGAUCUUGUUAGGUCUUUUGGUUCUCUCAUUGUGCUGACGAAUGGGAUUGAUAUGAACCUUCCUUCUGAUAGAAAAAAAAUUGCUGAUGCAGUUAUGGAGUCGAUCACUUUUCUUGACAAAUUUGAGAAGCGUGUCAAGGACUGCCUUGAGAUCUGA